AUGGACGUGGUGACUGGUGCCAUGGGAAGCCUGCUCCCCAAGCUCGGCGAGCUGCUCGUGGGGGAGUACAAGCUGCAGAUGGGCAUCAAGGAGGGAGUCGAGUCCCUCGAAAGGGAGAUGAGGAGCAUGAACGCCGCCCUUACCAAGGUGGCGGAGGUGCCAAGGGACCAGCUGGACAACCAGGUCAUCAUCUGGGCUGACGAACUCAGGGAGCUGUCCUAUGACAUGGAGGAUGUCAUCGACAACUUCCUGGUGUACGUCGAUGGAUCUGAAUCCGUCCCCGACUCAAACAAGCUCAAACAGCUGGUGGGGAAGAUGGCUAGCUUGUUCACCAAUGGCAAGACUCGCCAUCAGAUCGCCAAUGCCAUCAAUGAAAUCAAGAACCGCGCCCAAGAGGUGGCUGACCGGCGUGAUAGAUACAGGGUCGACGAUGCGAUUGCCAAUGCAGCUGGCAAACACAAGGUUGACCCUCGUGUUUUGGCUUUGUACAAGGAUCAGAAAGAGCUCGUUGGCAUUGAAGAUGCACGAAACGAACUAAUCAAGAGGCUCACAGAUGGUAAUGAUGAUGGUCCCAUGCAGCAGCAGCACAAUUUGAAGAUGGUCUCCAUCGUUGGACAUGGCGGACUUGGCAAGACUACACUUGCUAAGGCAGUGUAUGAUAGACUUCAAACACAAUUUGAAUACACAGCUUUUGUUCCGGUGGGUCAAAACCCUGAAGUGGCGAAAGUUCUCAAGGAUAUCCUCUUGGAACUUGACAAGAGUGAGUGUAUUGGUGAUGUAGCCACACUAGAUGAAAGACAACUCAUCGACAAACUCCGACGACAACUUGAGAAUGCAAGGUACUUCAUUGUCAUUGAUGACAUAUGGGAUUUAGAAGCAUGGAACAUUAUUAAAUGUGCUUUCAUUGAUAACAAUCAUGGGAGCCGAGUAAUCACAACUACUCGUAUUCUCAAAAUUUCCACAAACACCGGUGAUAUUUACAGGAUAAAACCCCUUUCUCAACAUUUUUCUGAAGAAUUAUUCUAUACAAGAUUGUUUGGUGGUAAGGAUAAAUGCCCUUUUGAUCAACUGGCCGAAGUAUCAACAAAUUUUUUACGGAAGUGUGGAGGUGUGCCAUUAGCUAUAAUUACAAUAGCUAGUUUGUUGGCUGGUAAACCUAUGUUGGAUUGGGCUAAAGUAUUCAACUCUAUUGGUUUUGGAUCUAGAGAUAAUAACAUGGAUGUAGAUAACUCGAGGAGGAUAUUAUCAUUUAGUUAUUAUGAUCUACCUUAUCAUCUAAGUCUUGUCUGCUGCAUCUGA